AUGGCGUCCACGGUUCCCUCCCCAGAACCUGCUUCUCCUCCUCUUGCUGGUGCUGCUGCUGCUGCUGCUCCAAAACCAUCCUCAUCAACAUCACCCUGGACACCACCCCCUCUCUCAUCCCACAACACAGCCCUCGCCAUAAUCCCCCCUCCCCAUCUCUGGGCCCCGAUCAAUGCCCUUCGCUCCCUCUACGACAAAGCAUACACUAAAUGGCCACCGCACAUCAACCUCGUUUACCCCUUUGUCGAGCCAGAGCAUCUGGAAAAUACAAUGGAGUUGGCUCCGUGGGGGAUUCUGGAGGGGAGGAGAAAAAGAAAUGAGGCAAGGGUGAGGGUGAGGUUGGAUGGGGUGGGGGUUUUCGAGCACCGGAAGCAUAAUACGAUAUAUCGGUGUGAUGAAGAAGCCGCCUUCAACCUCACAAGCACGACGUCGUUGUCAAGACUGAGAGCGGAAAUACUUGGGGAAUUGGGAUACCACCAGCAGGCUGAAGGCGAAGAAGGCAAAGAGCAGUACAAACCGCACAUGACAAUUGCCCAAUCUGAAGACAGCCGAUCCUCAGCACACAAAUUCCUGGUGGAAAAGGUGGGAUUGCUGCCGACGGUGGAGUGGGAGGUUGAGCAGGUCUGGGUGUUGGUUAGGGAUCAGAGCGAUGGUCCUGGUAAGGGGAAGAUGAAGGUUUGGGGCACGAUAAACUUGGAGGAGCAGGUGGGAUGUUCGAUACAUGAGAAUCCGGUUGAUUGGGAGGAGGCUUUGAAAAUGGAUUUGGGGUGGGAGGGGAGGGAGAGGGAUGUGGAGGAGAUGCAGAGGACUUGCAGGUUUGAUGAGGAGAGGGGGGUUUGGGUGAGGGAUGGUGCUGGGAAGGAAGAGGAAGAAAGAGAGGAAGAGGCAAAGACGCCAGAAUUGCUAAGCAUAGCAUCCUGGAAUGUCCUCGCUGAUUUCGAGCACUCCUCUUCUUCAACCACCGAUCAAGAAGCUCGAUACCGCCUCAUCCUCCGCAACCUCCUAUCUCCCAGCGCCAAAGCAGAUAUUCUUCUUCUUCAAGAAGUCACCGACUCUUUCCUUUCUUUCCUUCUCUCCCCCUCCAACACAUCUCCCGAAUCCCAGGCCUUACGACACCUCUACCCUUACGUCUCCCACCCCCCUCCCUCUCAACCCGAUGCAUCUCCCCUCCCCAACUUUCUCAACCAAGUCAUCCUGUCUAAACACCCCUUCUCCUGGUCUUGGCUUCCGUUUGCUAGAAAGCACAAAGGCUCUGUCAUUGCCCGGUUCCCUACCAUCCACGGAAGCAAUCCUGAUCAGCCCCUCGUGCUGGCAGCGGUUCAUUUAAGUCAUGGACUGACGGACAUGACUGUAGCUGCCAAGAAGGGAGAGAUCCAGCGGGUGAUUGGGCAUCUGAAGGAGAAGUUUCCGCAGAAUCCGUGGGUGGUUGCCGGGGACUUCAAUUUGACAUCCUCAAGCUGGACUGUUGAGCAAGCUGUGAAAGCUGGGAAGAUUUCCCGGGAAACAAUGGCGACACUGAAUAGUGUCGAAAGAAUGUGGAAGGAGGAAGAGGGCCUAGGAAUGGAAGACGCUUGGGUGGUUGGGCGUGCAGCUUUGGGAGAGGGAUGGGCUCAAGAAGAGGAGGACAUCAUGGACGACAUGGACGAAGAAGGGGAGGAUAAUAGGUUGUUUUCCGGCGAGCAAGGAGCUACCUACGAUCCGACAAGGAAUGGUGUUGCAGCCAAGAUGGUGGGUAGUGGAGGCAAUAUGCGGCCGCAGAGGUAUGAUCGGAUUUGGGUCAGGGGUCAACAGGUGUUGAGGAUCGGGAGGUUUAAUCGGUUUGGAUUCCUCAAGAGUAAUCAGGAGAAGGGAGAGGGGCAUGAGAUGGGGCAGUAUGGGAGUGAUCAUUGGGGGGCGAGGUGUCUUUUAAAGGUUGUUCAGCAGGAAACCACUGAGCAGACUGAGAAGACGGCUGAGGAAAAGAGCCGUGCCACUACGUUAGAAACGUCUAUCAAGCUGGUAAAACCACUCGACGGCCCUCUCUCCGAGCCAGGAUCGCUGAAAGAGGCCAUGGCCGAGCUCAACAUCCUGCCUUCCCAGGAAGAGACAGACAAGCGCAAAGCAGCUUUCCAAGCCCUCAAGGCCAUCCUCCUCGACACACCUCCCCCAAGUCAGUCUCCCCAGCCAUCAACCACCGACCUUACUACCACCUCCGAGACCCAACCCCGAUCCAACCAGCCGCCCCUAAUCAUAACCCCCGUCGGUUCCUUCGCUCUUGGAGUCCACACCUCUUCCUCCGACAUCGACGUCCUAGCCAUCGGUCCCUUCUCCACCACCACCUUCUUCUCCCUCGCCAUCCAACGUCUCCGGCGCGCCGCUUCUUCCCCCCUCUACUCCCAGGAAUACCAACCCAAAAUCCUCCGCCGCAUCUCUUCCUCAACCGGCACCAUGCUCGAACUCUCCCUCUGCCAAAUCAAAUUCGACCUGCAAUACUGUCCUGCGGCACACAUUGCUUCCCACUGGCCUCGCAUCUUAUCUACAGCACCGCCUGGAAACGCCGUCUGGUCUUUGCCAGCGCUGACGCUGACAAAACUGAAAGCGGCCAGGGAUCUGGAUUAUUUGCGGCGGACGGUGCCUGACUUGGCAGUGUUUAGGCAAGCCCAUAGAGCUGUGAGGAGCUGGGCGAAAGGUAGGGGGGUGUAUGCCCAGCGGUUUGGGUAUUUGGGGGGGAUACAGAUCUCGGUGAUGUUGGCGAGGGUGUAUAAAGCUCUUGCGCUUGGGGCUGGGGGAGUUAGUGGUGUUGGGGUGGAGGAGUUGGUGGCGAGUUUCUUUGAGGAGUAUGCUCAGUUUGAUUGGGAGAAGGAUAUGGUUUAUGAUGAGGUUUGUCCUUGGUUUAGGCAGAAGCGGGAAAAAGGAGGGGAGAAGGAGGUGUAUAAACGGACGGGGAGGGAGGCAAUGGUUGUGCUUGGGUGGUUUGGACCGGGACUAAACACUAGCGGGCAGGCGAGUGUUUGGAGUGUUAGAACGCUGAAGGAGGAGUUUAAACGGGCGAGGGACUUGUUGGUGAAGGGAGAAGUGAAGAGCUGGAAGGAAUUUUUGAAGGGAAGUGGUGCAGAGGAGUUCUUGACGGGGUACAAGAGCUAUGUCAAGGUUGAUGUGCAGUAUUGGGGACUGUCGUCGUCGAAGGGAGCGCAGUUUGUGGGCUGGUUGGAGAGUCGGUGCGUGAUGCUCCUUGUUGAUCUUCACAGGAGGGCACCAGGGGUGUAUGUCAGGAUGUGGCCUGGACGCUUUGUCGAGGCCGACGCUGCCUCUCAACAAGCCGAAGAUGACGAGCAGACAGCCACCGAAGGAACUGGACUCCGCGACUACCAAGCCUCUUACCUCCUGGGCCUCGACGCCGACACCACUACCAGCAAAGAAGACCUCAAACUCGCUCUCGGCGCCAUCCAAACCGCGCUUCAACGCUUUGAAGAAGCCAUCCGGUCAGAUAAGAAGUACUUUGACGCCUCGAGCAGCUGGAUGAGCGCCAGCAUAGUGAAACGCUCCGAACUGGGCAACCUCCAACUCGACACUCGCAACGACUGGGUAGGCGAGUACACUCCUGGCGAAGACGAAUCAGACUCUGACCCUGAGGACGACGACGAGGAAGACGCUUCAUUGCUUGAGGACCUCGAUGAGACCGCUCCGAAGAAGAAAAGGGGCAAGAACAAGAAGCCGAUAGAGGAGACGCAGCAACCAAGACUGGAACCAGGCCCGAAGCUUCGCUCGGCAGGGGACGUGAUGAACAGACUACGCUGGGACUCGGCCAUCGACAGUUCUGACUACGUGGUUGGUUACGAGGAUCGGUUCUUGGGAGUAAAAGAGAGAGCGCUGAAUAUGUGGAAGACGGAGCAGACGGAUGAGGAGUUCAUUCCGCAGCAUCGCAUUGUGUAUUUCAAGAGGAGGAGUGAUGGACAAGUGGUGUGGGAUCGGAAGACGAAGAAGGAUGAGGUUUUUGGGAGUGGGUUGUAGAUGGAUGUAUUCGAAGAUGUAGUGUUGUAGAUUUCCAACCUGCAGUAUCAUUUAUGUCUAAGAGAAGUCCGUUGAACAUAC